ACUCUCCCUGGCAUGCUGCACUGACUCCACCACGCUUACCUCCGCAGAGGGUGACGAGCUGGUGCUGCCCGAGACAUCUGACAACAGCCGCAAGCAGAUGGUUCGCAGCCUCAGCAACAAGCGCCGCUUCUCCUUCCGUGUGCCUGAGGAGGAGAGGAUCCAGCAGCGGAGAGAGAUGCUGAGGGACCCAGAGAUGAGGAAUAAGCUCAUUUCCAACCCCACCAACUUCAACCACAUCGCCCACAUGGGGCCCGGCGAUGGCAUCCAGAUCCUGAAAGACCUGCCCUUGCCAUGUUCCCCUCCCCCCUCGCCACAACUGAGUGUCAUCUCUGCCCCCGCCGGCUUUGAGCACGUCUAUCACAUGACUGUCCGCUCUGCCGAGAUCUUCCUGUCCCACGAGUGCCCGCCCCUCUCCUCCCAUUCUCGGUCCGUGCACUCUGUCCCCGGGACUCCAGUCUCCGUCUGCUCUCGGAACCUCCGUCCCCAGGAGGGCCGCUCGUUCAGCGGCUCCGUCAGCAUUCCCUCCAUGACCAAGGCGCGCCCCGAGCCGGGCCGGUCCAUGAGUGCCAGCAGCGGCCUGGGCGCCCGGUCCACGGCCCAGAAUGGCAGCGCCCUUCGGCGUGACCUCUCCAGCAGCAGCUACGGCUCGCGGCGACAGGCCACCACUUCGCCCUCCGAGGGCUCGCUGUCGUCGGGCGGGGGCAUGGACGCGGGGGCCGACACCCCCGUCUCGCAGUUCGACAGAGAGUGGCAGGCUGUAUCACCGUCGGAGAAGACCCCCGACAUGAAAAGGGCGUUACGGACGCUGCUUAGUAAGAUGAAGGACUCAGACUCCCCGCGGCACUCGACAGCCUCCAACAGCUCCAACAUGAGCAGCCCCCCCAGCCCCGCCUCCCCACACAAAACCAAGUCCCUCUCGCUGGAGAGCACAGACCGAAUGGGCUGGGAGACAUGAGCGGAGAUCUCCAACCCCCUCCUUCCUCCGCAUUGAUCGCCCCGCCCCUCCCCGGACUCUCCAGGCAACGGGCAGUGACUGUAGUUGUUAGCACCUUGUUUUUAAAAAAGAAAGUUAUUUUUGCGCUACAACCACCAGGCUGGGAGAAGGAGCCCCUCAGAUCGAAUCAGAAAGCUGGCAUGAAAGUGUGUGUGUGUGCAUCUCCAUGUGCGACAGGUGAAUAAGUAUCAGCAGUCAGCGGUAACAUGACAGAUAAGCGCUAACUGUGUAUCUCUGAUGCAUUUCUCUAGUUGCCACAAGGGGGAGUAACUGCCCCUUUAUUUUAGUGAGGAAAAACCAUAGAGAAAUAUCUGAAAUAGCUGAACAAAGAAGUUCAACAAAGAAAUUGUAUGUGCAUAUUAGACUCCUAAUUUUUGAGCAGGUUCCCAUUGUGAAGUGUAAGAUUGAGUCUCAAAACCCCAGGCUGGAAGAUGAGAUGAACAGCCACUGAAAAUUUGUGGGCUCAAAUCGGGGAGGACACAUCUGGACAUCCGAAGGCCCGCGGACUAAAAGCAACCUAGAAGACCUGCCUGUUGUCGCUCAUCCUCUUUUUUUUUUUCUUCUUUAAGAAAAAAAAAAAAGCUCACUAAUUUCAGCUUGUCUCAGAGGGGGGCUGGUGGGGGGUUGUAGUAAUGCCUCAUAAGGUACCCUGAAAAUAAAGGCCAGCGUUAUCUUUUUAAAAUGAUAGUGGCCUAUAGCAGCCGGGCAUUGUGUAGUAGCGUCACUGCUUCAGUCGCCUGUCAAUCAAACCCGUGUCCCGCCCACUGCAUGGCAAAUCCCCUCCACGUAAGAGAGGCCGCUCUGUCAUUCACGAGCAGACGGGUAGGUUCUUCCUUAUUGAUGUACAUAAAUGUUAAGUAGAGUAUAAUAUAUUGUAAGAAAAAAAUGAUUGUAAACCUGCAAGAGCAAAUUUCGCUUAUUGGGUUUUCUAAUUUGGGCCUUUUGUUUUUAUUUUUGCCAAGAAUUUAUUUUGUCCUAAGUUUAGAAGUGUUUUGAACCCCCAUUUUUUUUAAACCAUCUUUUAGAUUGCUUUGUUUUAUAAGGCUUAUGGGGAAAUGAUUCAAUUCCUCCCGGGUAGCGUUUGAAAUGUCAGGUCAAACUUGAGCUGAGCAUUUGAGGGAAUUAUUAUACAUUUUUUUGCAUCAUUUAGACACGAGAAGGCAGCCGCACUGCAGGCAGACGAAACCUUGGAGCGAAUGCGCACGCACGCGGGAGCCUAGUUUGCCUCUCUCCUGCCCCCUGUGUGCUUCAUGUGUUUAUCACAGAAGCAAUAAUGCUGUUUCCAAAGAUUAUUUAUUUAUUUUUAAUUAGUUAGGCGACUGUGAUAUUCCCUCUCUGUUUUUGCCCCAUUAAGGGCUGGGAUCAUGUCUGGUUUUUUUCAGUA